AUGGCACAGCCCAAGCUCGACGGGUUCUGGCUGAAGAUCCUGUACGCACACUCCAAUAUGACUACCGUCGCCGAAGAGAUAAAAUACGCUCGGCUUCGUGUUGCGGCGAACUAUGGACUGGCGCCGCUCGAGGAACAGUCUGACUCUGAGUCCCUCGUGGCGGACUCGGACUCGGCGGAUGCUCACGCUCUCGGCUCAUCUAGUUUGGAAUUGCCAGUGGAUGAAAGAAUUCUGCCAGAGCCUCAAUAUCGCCGUCCGCCAUAUACUUUCCAAUUGAACCCCAUGGGUAUCGGGCACCGGACAGGGCUCGGCGACGAUAUUGCGGCCAGUCCUUCCGCGGUCAUGACAUUCGGCCGCGAGGACGGUAUCUCACCCGAGCAAAGACUGCGUUUCUUGGUUGACCUGGGAUCUAAUGCCUUCUGGGCCGCAUCGGCCGAAAUUACGGGCAGUGACGAUCAGUAUUUACCAUUUCGGGGCCGCUUCGGCGCGUUUCACGACCUCUGGGGCUACAGAAACCCGAGGAACAGAGAGACUGUGAUUUCGACCAUGACUGACGAAUUCUGCAGUGGAUGUGCCGAUGGCAAAGAAGGUCAAGCGGUUUACCGUCUCCACAGGGACCGCAUCUACUUCAAACACGCGGAUGAUUGGUCGAAAGCGGAGACACUUCCGGUUGUUUUCGGCGUCGCGCACGACGUCAGCGAAGGCCGUUUGCAGACGAUUCCUGCGGACGGUAUCCUGCCGUUAGGCCGUCGCAUGAGCUUUGACCCGAAUGAAGGAUAUUCAUUCCUCGGCCAGAUUGCCCCACACUUGGAACAUCCCGAGUUAACCAUGUAUUUUACGAAGACUGGUAACCCAACAGGCGCGAUUCUGCUUGGCAAAUGCACAAAAGUAGCUCACGAGAAGGCGGGGCUCUUCGGACCAUGGCACGACGACAUUCCCCUCAUCGGCGACCUCCACUGGGCGCUCGAAGCCAACCUCAAGAAGGUGGACGAUGAAGUGCACCAGACAAAUACGCGUCUUGCUCAGAAUGGCAUAGUUUUCGACUCUGAUUCCACGUUCACGUUUCUCGAAGACCUGCUUUUCCACAAGAUAUAUAAGGAGCACCGGCUCGAAUACGACCCCGCCGUGGAGGCGUGGACCAUCAGCGCAGACACAAUUUCCGGCGUUCCACUGCCGUCGGUCGAGAUACAGCUGGGGCCCGCGACCCAGGGGGACUCGCGGUAUUUCCCAUUUCCGGUCUUGUACCUCCGGCCAGCGGGGGCGGCAGCGCCCCCUGCCGGCCCGGGCCGCGUCGUAUGCGCCAUCCAGCCCCUCUCACAGCUGUCCACAGACGAGGGUGCACCCGAGGUCCUCGGCAUCACCGCGCUGACGCAUCUUGCGGUCAAGUUGCGGUUCCCGGAUGUUGCCGACCGGCGGUGCGAUCGGCUGGCGUGGCGCACGAAGCCAGCCGACUGUGGGGCACUGGCACCUAGAGGAGCCUGGGAGUAG